CUAUCCCCAGAAUGCAUUGCUAGCUUAGCUAUUUCAAGAUGGCGGACGGACUUGGACUUGAAGACAUCUGGUGGCUUGAAGGGAAUAAUAACGACGAUUCCACAUUAGAUAAGAAWAAUAAAGAAAAAUCAAAAAAUCGUACGAAAAAGCGAAAAUUGUCUCCUGCGUCAAGAACACACGUGACAGCACAAGAGACUUCACCUUCAACUGAAAAGAAAAAGACAAAAAAGAGAAAAAGGCCAAAGGUUAACGAUGUCCCUAAAGAGCUUCAAGGRUCAAAAGUCACUGAAACAUUGUGGAACUCAUUUUGUACAGCUUGUGCAAAUAGAUUGACUCCAAUAGAAUUAGAGGAUAUCAAAAUUACCGAGUCAUGUUGUUUAAUUGAAGAUUCUGUCCAUACUGGGGAGUCUACACAACUUCCAAUAUAUUUGAACAAAGUUAUCCCAUAUUGGGACAAGCAAGUGGAAAAACUCAAUAAUAAGAAGGUCAAUGSAAGUCCUUUGCUACUGAUCAUAUCGUCUGCAGCAACAAGAGCAGUUGAAUUAAACAAAUCAAUAGACAAAUUCAAAGCAGAUGGAAAAGUUGUAAAAUUAUUCGCAAAGCAUUUCAAGGUGGAAGACCAAACAAAGUUUCUUGCUUCMCAUUUAGUUCAUAUUGGCAUUGGAACGCCAAAUCGUGUYCUAAAACUUCUACAAAAUGAAUCACUUGAAACUAGCAAACUAAAGUAUGUUGUGGUGGACUGGACGUGGAGAGAUCAAAAGCUUAGAAGCAUUGCAGAUAUGCCAGAGGUAAAAGAUGACUUCUACCAUCUACUGCAAAAUUAUAUAUUUCCUUUGGCGAAGUGUGAGAAAAUAAAAAUAGGACUGUUUUAGCGUA